AUGCAAGAGCUAGCCACAAUGCUCUCCCUUGUCAUCGGCGUCAUAGCCUUUGUUGCUUGUAUACGAUCAGAGCCGCUGCCCAUACGUGCUUCAGCACCAUGCAGCCCUUCUACAUCGGAUCUCGUCCCACCAACAGCGAUCGAUGCUUCCAUCUUCGCUUCCAGCUGCGAGAUCAAGAAUAUCGUGGAUCAGAUCUGCCAUUCAGGACUGCGAUUGCCAGGAAGUCCCAAUCACCUGAAAGUCAUCAAGUACAUCACACGCCAGCUCCGCUCCAUUCCAGGCGUCACCUUCACCAAGAGUGAUUUUGAGCUGGCCAACUGGCAACCGGCGCACAAUUCCAUCUAUCGUGCAGCCCAGCUGAAGAUUGGCGACGAAGCAGUCGAUGUCGCCGGUGCAAUCGCCUACUCUCUGCCAACGAAUGGCUCUGCCAUAUCAGGGCAGCUCAUGUACCUGGAUCCGAAUGCCAACAUCUCCACCAUCGAUCUAAAGGGGAAGAUCAUCGUACGGGACUAUUCGAAUCUGGCCAUUCCCACCUCAUUAUUCCAGUCCAUCGCCUACUACGCCUCUGCAGACGCGACGCUCAAUCCAACUUAUUCACGUCCGUUCCUCACUCCUCCGCAUGCAGAUCUACUGGCAGCGAGCCUUGGUGGAGCAGCAGGAUACGUAUCGGCCUUUAAUGUCUCCCGCAAACAGUUGGAAGGCUAUUAUAGCGGCCAUUCCGGCACACACUGGCUCGUGCCAGGAGUUUUCACUGGAGCGGAACAGUACUUGCAAUUGCGAGAGGCUGCUGAGAAGAACCUCACGGCUUCCAUUCGCAUCGAUGCAAAGAGUGGUAGAGUCAAGGUCCCUAGGCUGAUGGCCACUCUGCCGGGCCUGUCGAAUGAGACGAUCGUAAUUGCCACUCACACGGACGGCGUCACCUACGUUCAAGAGAACGGACCCGCCGCGCUCCUCACGCUCUUGAAGUACUUCGCCGCCUUGCCAAUCCGGGCUCGCGUGAAGACUCUGAAGUUCGCUUUCGAAGCUAGUCAUCUCGCCUACCAGCUAGAUUCGGACAAACUGUUAGCGAAAUCGCUCGAUGCCGACUACGAUCAAGCAAAUGGGACCACAGCCUUCGUGAUCGCCAUCGAGCAUUUGGGUUCACGUGAGAUCGAGUCCUAUCCCGCUCCGAAUGGCACAUACGGCAAUGUCUUGAAUUACACGGGCCGGGGCGAAGCAAUCUUGUGGGCAGUCGGCGAGGUGCAGCAAGCUAUCGACGGCGUCAUCGAUAUCGCCAAGAACAGGAGUCUUGACAAUGUGGUCGUCUCGCCAGGUUUCCCACCUGCCAACCCUCCCAAUAUGGUUCCCACCUAUCCUAGCAUGGGCGGGCUGGGAACGUACUACACCAAUGCUUUGCUGCCAACAAUGUCGCUCAUCUCAGGGCCGUGGAGCCUGUGGGCACCGAGCUUUGGAGCUGAAGCUGUCGACUAUGAUCGGCUCCGAAUCCAGCAUAUCGCGAUUGGGGACGCAGUACUGAUGCUUUCGCAAUUCUCGAAGGAGCAAUUGGCGGGCAAUUAUACUGAAUUCCGUCGUCUUCGUGCUGCGGGCACAGCGAAUACCACGACCAUCAAUUACGAUGACGCGCAAUUCAUCACCACGCCUGAUGGUGUGUAUUAUUGA